UAUCCGUCAAUUGAAUAUUUAAUAGUAAUAUAAGUAAUACAUCGAUAAGAUAACGAAUAAUUUGCGAAAUUUAUUUUAAAUCUAAAAUCUUGUUUUUAAACAAAGUGGUAUUGCAUUGUUCCAAAGAUAACCUUUUGAACUACUGUCGGUUAAUAGUGAAUCUUCUUUAACGAUAACAUAGUUGAGUUAGACAUGUUGAAGAAACUUAUCACGGAAUGUGUUUUCGCAAAACGCCAAUAUUCUGCGGAAGCGAAAAAAAUUGGUAUUUUGGGUAUCCCUUUCAGUAAAGGGCAGCCUAAAAAAGGAGUUACAAAUGGACCGGAUGCGAUAAGAAAAGGAGGGCUAGUUGAACAAUUAUCCCAAUUUUAUAACAAAUCAUUAAUUAAAGACUAUGGAGAUCUUGACUACCCCCUUCUCAAAGAAAUUGGUACAGUAGAAAACAUGAAGUCCUAUGAAGAAGUGAUGUCGUGCAAUAAAGAAUUAUCAAAGAAAGUACAAGAGAUUGUAGCUGACAAUCGUGUGUGUUUGAAUCUAGGGGGAGACCAUGCAAUAGCUAUCGGAUCUAUCGAUGGACAUCUGAAAGCAAAAAAAGAUAUCUGUGUUAUAUACGUCGACGCACAUUGUGACAUCAACACAAACAAAACAUCGGGAAGCGGUAAUAUCCAUGGUAUGCCAGUUUCUAUUGUAACAAAAGAAAUGUGCGAAUAUUGGCAGGAUUUACCAGGCAUGGAAUGGCAGGAACCAACAUUAUCUGUAAGAAAUAUAGCAUAUAUCGGGCUACGAUCGGUAGACCCGUACGAAAGAGUGUUCGUCGAUAAAUUUGGCAUCGCUGCUUUUAGUAUGGCUGAGAUUGAAGAAUGUGGUAUACAUACUGUCAUAAAUAUGGCCUUGAAAGCUAUAGAUCCUGAACAGAACAGAUCCAUACAUGUUAGUUUUGAUAUUGAUGCUCUCGAUCCAAAUGAUGCUCCUUGCACAUCUAUAACAAUUCCUGGAGGGUUGACAGUAAGAGAAGGAAUACACAUAUUAGAAAGAAUUCAUGAUACAGGCCGAUUGAAUGUUAUGGAUAUUGUAGAACUCAACCCAGAUAUAGGAACUGAACGAGACGCUCAAAAAACGGUUGGAGUCGCUAUUCAACUUCUUGCGGCAGCCUGUGGUUUCAAGAGGGGAGGAAUCAGGCCCAAAGAUGCUACUUUACCUUUGCAAAACAAUCAAAAUAAAAAUACUAAUAGUUAUAUAUUUUUUUAUUUUAUGCGUAUCGCAACUUUCCUUUUUUACGAGAGAUAUAUCGCUUAUGAUGCCAUUUCGACCUCUCCUCGUCUCCUGAAUGUUUCUCACCUCUGGUAA